GCCCGCUUAGCAACCUGUUUUAUAGGCUUCUUAUAGGCGCCCUCAUCCGCGCGGUUGCCAAGAAAUGCUUAGCUGAUGGAUUUGACAGAUGAUCGUCCCAGGUCUAUGCCUGUUGAGGCUCCAUGGAGUCACUAUACGGGCUUCCCGAGUCUUCCACCACGCAGUGGACUGACUGGUUCAACUGUCCAACGGUCUUGACUGGAUAUUUCGUGGGAAUGAGGAGGCGAUCAUCAGGGGACGAGAAAAUGAACGAUAAAAGGGACGGGAGACUCUUGUCUCGCAGAUUGAUGUCCAUAGUCUCUUCACUCUCACUUCGACCGUGACAAGGACCUGAAGCCAAU